AUGAUGCUAGCAGUGAGCCCCUUUAGCAAUCGGAGCGUCGCCAAGGCCGAGGGUCGUUUCGAGCUUUCUCGCUUCGAGCCACGCCUCAAGGAGAUCCUGGAGCAGCUUGUUGAAGAUCGGCUAAGCUUGGAGGAGUUUCCGGUGCUCCAGAGCACGGCGGAUGACUUUGGCCUGCGAGAAGCCGGCGCAGCAACUGCCGAGCCUCUGGGAGCUCCAGUAAUCCAGGCCAAAGAUGACUGGUCCUUCACCAGUGUUUCAGGCGGGCUUGAAAGCGAGCAUGCAGAAGUAUCUCAUCGGGUCGUGGUUUUCGUGAUCGGCGGCUUCACGCUGUCGGAGCUAAGAGUCGCGGCGGAGGUGGAGCAGAAGAUGCCGCGGGGCACCGAGGUCAUCGUGGGGGGCACAUCGCUCCUGACACCGAAGAGACUGCUUCGGACACUGAGGCCGCGGAGCGAUGCAGAGCCAGGCCAGGCGGUGUCACGGAGCUGCGCUCGUGGCAUCUCGUUGGAUCGAUUUUCCGCAAGUGGGCAAGAGGCUGCGUUGAGUGUCCAACCUGCCGAUGAACAGUCCAGUUGCAUUCACGAGGGUAUCAUCAGGCGAAUAACUCCGCGGAGAGGCCAGUUGCAUUUGAUGCCGCCGUCGGAGACUGGCGUGAAUGUCGAAGCUGAAACCGACAGGGCCGAGAAGGGGAGGGGCGGAGGUCUGUGCUGCUGCUCGUCAGGAGCUGUUGGUGAGACCGAUGCCACAGCGGCUGCUGUCGUACGCGAGGUGGAUGAGGUCACAGAGACCUUGCCGGUUGAGAACCUGCUGCAUCCUUUCGAGGAGCUGGAGAGCAGCAGCAGCUGUUCGAGUGACCUCUCAGAUUGCUUCCCGCAGGAGCCGCUUGCACAGGUCAGGAUAUCCGGUAGGGGCAGCUGGCAUGUAGAAGGUGGGUCUUACACCAGCCGCACAGACCUGGCCAAGUCCCUUCAUGAAGGAGAUGCUGUGCUUGUGCGCGGAUCCUGGCUGGCAGAGCUCGCCCGAGGGAAGCGAGGUGCAGUCCUGCCACGACGGCAGCAGCUACCCUCGGAGGCCAUUUGCGAUGCAGCCGAUGUUGGCGGGGGAAUGCCGCUCCUGGCAGUGUCGUACUGCUGGGCGACUGCAGCCCAUGCAGAUCCAGAGGGACAGCAGCUGCGUGUGCUGGGCCGGCUGCUGGAACUUUGGCUCUCAGCUCCGGACACCGAAGCGCAACGGUCGCAAAGCCUCCACAGCCCGAGCAUGUGCAGUCAGGACGAAUUUCGAGACGAGGUUGAUGAGAAGGCCGAGGGGCCAUCUUCCUGCUCCGCCCGAAGGAAAGACUGCGCCGUGCUUUUGGACUGGUGCAGCUGCUUUCAGGAGCCUCGCUUUGCAGAUGAAAGGCGCUCUGCCGAACGCUUUCUGCAGCAGGUUGGCCGAUGGUUUGCGCAUGAGCACACGAUGGUCUGGAUGCUAACGAACUCGCCAAUCGGAGCAGAGCCCUUCAAUCUACGGGGCUGGCCAACCUUCGAACGAGCCGUCAGCUUGCUGCCGGCUGGCAGCAAGCAGGUCCUGGACAUAGGCCGACUGACCCAGGAAGCACUACGAGCAGCCGACUGGCCUGCCGUGGUGCGCGCUUGCAAAGCCAGGAGACCACCGCCGUUGACGCCCUCUGAGUUUCAUGCGCAACUGCAAAGGAAGCACUUCUCCUGGAGCCUCGACCGCGAUCUACUUGGAACACUUUACCAAGAAGCCUAUGAGGAUCUGGUCGCCGGAGCCGUUGAGAUGCCUUUGGCGCGUCUGGACUGGGGAGACGAGGAGAUGGGCCGGCUCUAUGGCACACUCUCCAGCUGUACUCAGCUGCAGCGCUUGAACCUGGCUCGGAAUCGCAUUGGAGACACGGGAGCGGAGAAGCUGGCGGAGACUAUGUUAAGCAGCCCACGGCUCUUGCAGUCACUGAUCUUCUUGGACCUGUCGGGCAACGAGAUCGGCGACCUGGGCCUUUGCAGCCUGGCAGCGGUGCUCCCCAGCUUGUCCGACAUCCAGUCGCUGGAGCUGGACCGCAAUUUCAUCGGAGACCAGGGUGCCUGCGGCUUGGCCACUGCUCUCCCUCACACAGGCUUGAGACGGCUCGUCCUUCGUGGGAAUGAAAUCGGUGACGGUGGUGCCGGCGAACUUGCACUCGUAAUGCCGCGCUGCAACAGCUUGCAGCUCCUGGAUCUGAGUGAGAACGAGGUCAGCGACGUGGGCGCCGAGCGAUUUGCCGCUGCUCUGCCAAAGUGCGACAAGCUCCAGAGGUUUGACCUGGCACGGAAUCGAGUAGGAGAUCGUGGUGCAUUGAGCCUUGCCGCGGCUUUGCCCAAGUGCAAGCUUGAGGCCUUCGGCCUUGGAGGGCACGAAGUUGGGGAAAUCUUAGGUGGAGGGCGCAUUGGUGAUGGGGGUGCAGGGUUGCUGGCAUCGGCUCUACUGCGGUGCGAGCGUCUGUGCAGGCUAGACUUGAGUGAGAAUCAAAUCGGCGAUGGUGGCACAGCGCAGCUAGCUGCUGCUAUGCCACAUUGUGGUCAGCUUGCCGAGCUCGACCUGUACCGCAAUUGCAUUGCCGACCGGGGCGUCGGAAGGCUUGCAGAGGCAGUGCCGCAAUGUGGCCAUCUCGACUGGCUUCGUUUGCUCGAGAAUCCCGUCGGUGCCAAAGGCGCGCAUCGACUGGCAGAAGCCUGGGAGGCUGCCGGAAAGCCCAAAGGGCGACUGCUGUGUCAACCGGGUGCAAAACAUGGAGGUUUCGCCGGCUACGCUGGCUGGGCAAGCUGGGGCAGUCCCGUGGUUCCCGGCGAGGGUCCACAAGUUUCGGGACGAGGCACCAAAGAAGCCGCAGCUCCAGUCUCCUCACUCACAUCACUGUGA